AUGUCACGGAGAUCGUUCUAUUUCUCCUCGUCGUCUUCGUCGACGCGUUCGCAAGAGCUGGAGCAGUUGAGUAAGAUCGAGCAAGAGAUCACGUUGACAUUGCAAGAGAUCGAUAAGAAUUUGAGCAAUGCUAAUAGUAUUAUCAACGAGAGUGUUAUACCGCGAUUGGGUAAAUUCCGGAGCAGCAGCAGCAAAAUAUGGUCCAACGUUGAGUUUUGGAAGAGUUUCUUUGAAAACAGCGCUAAUGUCGAGAUCACCACCGAGGAAUCCGAAAAACUAGCUGAUCAAGAUAAGGAAGAUGCGGAAAUCGAAAAUACGGUCACUGCCACCAAUAAUUCACAGUAUAAUGAGAUCAAUCAACGGUACAAGGAGAACGUUGAGACGGAAGCGAACGAAACAUCCACCACAGCAACAGAUACGGUUUCCUUGUGGAAAGAAGGGGCCCGAAAAAGGCUGGCAAGUUCGACACCAAAUAGAAAGCCGAUCCCAGAUAAUGAUACCAGCAGUCUUCUUCCGGCCGUGCAAUUGCGUUCCGAUGAUAUUGAGCGGGAACAAGGACAACAACAUCCAAAUGGCCCUGACGAACUCACAACAAGUAACAUUUUUGACGUGUCGACUGUGCAACUGCCCCAAACUAAAUGGAAAAUCACAGAGAGCCCGCAAAAGAAAAAUACCAGUCCUGUGCGAAAGAAGCAGAAAUCGAUUGCGACUCAAUACGACUCUUCGCCUAUUGAAGAGCCACCAAUUCUCAAAUCGGCCAUCUACCUGUCUCCUGUGCGAAGAAAGUCCAAGAGCCCGUCGAAGCACCCUGACACCGAUCAACGGUUCCCCAAAUCUCCGAAAUACGGGGCGGGGGGUAAACUGCUCAGAAAUAGCAAGGGAACCGAGCUGGCCCUCAACUUUGCGCGUUCUGAACUCGCUUCCACCACGGCCGACUUUUCGUUCCAGACUGCCCCUUUGCCGGGAGCCGCAGGGGGUGCGGAAGACGGAGCAGAGUACGGACUCAGUUCGUCUGUUUUGAACCAAGACUCCACCACGAUGGACGAAGCCCCGCAAUUGCAAUCUCAGUUGCCCGAGAAGACGCCCGAGCUCGCCUCAUCGCCCGUCAAGAACGCCGAUAACCCGUUUAUUGAGUAG